AGCCAUACCGGCCCUCACAUCAAGCGGCUCAGGUGCCACGGGAACGGUCGUAGCGCAUUGCUGACUUUGUGCGCCCCUUCACAGGGUACUCUCAUCUCCCUGACCCCUAUUCGCGAGUCUGCAUCCUAUGUAUUACGUCAUGCUCGUCGUCAACAAGUUCCGAGAUUCCGUCCACUCGUUCUUUGCGAGAAUUUCUAUAUCAUUUGGAAGAUGUCUGGGGCAAUUAGCGGGCAUUCACGUCUCUUCAACUCAAGAUGGGUCUUCUUCCGCCACGGAGGCGAUAUCCGGGGUGACUUCCCGGCACCGUUUCGACGUUGCUGACGCGGAGGGGUGGUUGUCACACUUGUGGACGGAAGGUUUUGUCGUUCUCAGCGGGGUGUUGACUCCGUCGGAUUGCGAUUAUUCUGAGGAUCUGUUGUGGGAGUUUCUCGAGGAGGCCACAGAGGGACAGUGGAAACGUCAUGACGUCUACAGCUGGCAAGACGACGAUGUAUUCCGAAAGCUCGGCGGUCGGGCUCCAGACAUUGGGCUGGUCAAUUCGCGCGGCGCAGGUCAAUCAGAGCUUUCCUGGUUUCUGCGCGAGCGUACCAAAAGAGUAUUUGCCACACUGUGGGGCACCGACGAUUUGAUAACGUCUUUUGACGGCAUCGGGAUCUUCCGGCCCUGGCGACAUGUUUCCACGACGGGAGGAGUCUCGGUCGGAUUUUUGAAAAACCGCACUCGAGGAGGUUGGUUGCAUGUGGACCAGGGUCGAAGCACUGCUGGGCAAAUGUGCUGUGUACAAGGGCUGGUCUCCCUGUAUGAGCAGAACGCGCGCACUGGCGGCUUUCAGGUCGUGCCGAAGAGUCAUUUACUGCAUAAGGAGAUCGUGGACGAGUUUGCCGAUGACCAGCUUGUCGAUUAUGUUGAGCCGCCUGCCGAUCGUCUUUCUCGCGAAGACAGCGGGCUGGAGCCACCCAGACUCGUAGUUACCCAGGCCGGCGACGUGAUCCUGUGGGACAGCCGCACUCUUCAUGCAAGCACACCGGGUUUCGUGGAGGAAGAGGACAACGCUGCCACACUCCCCGAGAAAGGGGACGUGGCUACGAGCAAGUUGCUCCGAGCUGUCGUCUACGUUUGCAUGACACCCAAACACUUUGCGUCACCUCGAAUACUGACGCAACGACGUCAGGCUUACGAUAUCAAAGCGACGACGAGCCAUUGGCCUCAUAAGAAUGUCAUGGGUUUUGGAUGGGCUCGUGGCAAGGCUCUCAAGUACGCAGAUGCCCCAGAUGUGCGAAAAGACCUAAUUUGCUGAAGCCUUCGAUUUCACGUGAGACGGCUGAUUUCCUUGAGUAUCCCGUAUGACUAUCACCGAGCAGAUGUGAGCAGUUCGACAGAGAGCAGAGCGAGGCCUGUCACAUGGGAUGCGGUGCUCACCUCUUCUCCAGACUCUUCGGUGCGUUGUCGCAUUUUGGAAUUAUAGGUCGCAGGUUCAGUUUUAACCGUCGAGGCGGGUCGAGUAGGUUUCCCAUUGCACAGUCCAGGGAGCUUGCUCUUGUGUACAGCCAGUUCGUACCCUCACACAGCCCACUUGGUAUAUCUCUUCAGUCCCUCGCCAUCGCGCUGUCUGCGAGGAAGUCGCCCAAGCUUGGUUAUCAUCGCAAUCAUCUCUCCGUUCCCACGUCGUGUGCAAUGCGCAGUCUUCCGAAGCGGCUUAGCGUAUAUAAUCCCGAAGCCAAGUGGAGCCGCAUUCCGUUUCUUGUGGACGAG